UUGGGGAAGCUUGCAGCAAAGCACGGAUAGGAGAUUGAGUUAGAUAUUUGUUCUGGAGAUGGCGACCCCUGUCGAAACUCAGGGGUGGUACUGAAACCCUGUCCUCAGGCUCCCUCAAGAAGCCUUGCUUUGACUAAUAGGAUAGGGUUACCUUAAUGAGACUUCAUCCUGUGUUCCUGUGACCGUUUUUCCCCUGCCUUCUGGCCCAACCUAGAACCUCUCUCUGCAGUGUCCUCCCCCCAAUGGUCCUAGGGGAAAGGAGAAACAGGCAAGAAUCUCUGGCUCGAGGAAGACUUGGCUCUGCAAGCAACUGAGUGAGGACGGAGGGAAGUUGACUCCAGAGAAUCGAGUUGGGCCACAGAGGCAGACCGCGCACCUGGUAAAGGUGAGGGUGCCCCCCACACCCUGAGAAUGGACGGUUGAGAAGAAAGGGGUCGGCCGGCGGCAGGCUGGGUGUAGCCGCACAGGACCGGGGAGGGUUGGGGGAGCUGCGGCAAGGUACAACGGAGAACUGAGCCACCCGGCUCUGAGCCAGCGCGACGUGGGAGAGUGACGCUGCGGUGGUGACCGAACAGGUGAGCGGCUGGGGCCCCGGGUCCCCGCCCUUGCCUCCUCCUACCGGUUCUCCGCCGCACUUGGCAGCUCCACGGCUCCUCUCUGGUUUGGGGUUUUGCAACUGGCAGCUGGCUUUUUUUUUCCCCCCUCCUCCCCGGUCGAGGGCUCUCCUUCUUUUAGGUUGCUCCACCCCGCCCAGGAUCAGGCGAGGGGGGGAACCAGUCCAGCAGCUGCCAACUGGCGCCCAGCGCGGCCGCGAACACGGGAAGUGGAGCCCUGAGUGCGCUCUGCGGGGCGAUUGCUUCUCCCGCGUCCCGGCGCCCCGCGUCCUCCCACCCGCACCCCAUUCUCCACUUUUCCCCCCGUUUGCAAUCACAUGGCAUUUUAAGAAUGCUGGAAAGAUGGCGGUAGCGGCGGCGGCUGUGGCUGCGCCGGCUGGCGGGGGAGGCGGCCGGGCGCAACGGAGCGGACUGCUGGAAGUUUUGGUGCGGGAUCGUUGGCAUAAAGUUCUGGUGAACUUGAGCGAGGACGCCCUGGUGUUGAGCUGCGAGGAGGGCGCUGCGGCGUACAACGGCAUAGGGACUGCCACCAAUGGCUCGUUCUGCAGGGGCUCAGGGACUGGGCACCCGGGGACUGGUGUCACUCAAGCCCCGGACUCUCCCGCCGCCGGCGUCCGCACAGCCUUCACCGACCUCCCGGAGCAGGUGCCUGAGUCCAUCUCGAACCAGAAGAGGGGCGUGAAGGUGCUGAAGCAGGAGCUAGGCGGGCUGGGCAUUAGCAUCAAAGGGGGCAAGGAGAACAAGAUGCCCAUCCUCAUCAGCAAGAUCUUCAAGGGGCUGGCAGCGGAUCAGACCCAAGCCCUGUACGUGGGCGAUGCCAUCCUGUCCGUGAACGGAGCGGACCUGCGGGAUGCCACCCAUGACGAGGCAGUGCAGGCGCUGAAGCGAGCAGGCAAGGAAGUACUGUUGGAAGUGAAGUACAUGAGAGAAGCCACACCGUACGUGAAGAAAGGAUCCCCCGUGUCUGAGAUAGGGUGGGAAACGCCUCCACCUGAGUCGCCUAGAUUAGGGGGCGGCUCUGCAGACCCUCUGUCAUCCCAAUCCUUCUCCUUCCAUAGAGAUCGGAAAAGCAUCCCCCUGAAGAUGUGUUACGUCACCCGGAGCAUGACUUUGCCUGACCCUGAAAACAGGCAGCUUGAAAUCCACUCUCCAGAUGCUAAGCACACAGUGGUCCUGAGGAGUAAGGACUCCGCCACCGCCCAAGCCUGGUUCAGUGCCAUCCAUUCCAACGUCAGUGACUUGCUGGCCCGAGUGAUUGCAGACGUCAGAGAGCUGCUGGGGAAGACGGGCAUUGCUGGCAGCCAUGAGAUCAGGCACCUUGGCUGGCUGGCAGAAAAGGUGCCAGGAGAGAGUGAGAAACAGUGGAAACCGGCCCUCGUUGUUCUAACUGAGAAAGACCUUUUAAUCUACGAUAGUGCACCACGAAGGAAGGAGGCUUGGUUCAGCCCAGUGCAUACGUAUCCACUUCUUGCCACCAGGCUUGUCCAUUCAGGUCCAGGGAAAGGAUCACCCCAGGCUGCUAUGGAUCUAUCCUUUGCAACGCGAACUGGUACUAAGCAAGGAAUUGAAACACAUCUCUUCAGGGCAGAGAUCAGCAGGGACCUCUCGCACUGGACAAGGAGCAUAGUACAGGGGUGCCACAAUUCAGCGGAGCUCACUACCGAAAUCAGCACCACCUGUACCUACAGAAACCAGGAAUGCCGCUUGACCAUACAUUAUGACAAUGGAUUUUCUAUUUCUACUGAGCCUCAGGAGGGUGCCUUUCCCAAGACAAUCAUACAGUCACCUUAUGAGAAGCUCAAAAUGUCUUCAGAUGACGGAAUCAGGAUGCUCUAUUUAGACUUUGGAGGCAAAGAAGGAGAGAUUCAACUGGACCUUCACUCGUGCCCCAAGCCGAUCGUUUUCAUCAUCCAUUCCUUCCUGUCUGCUAAGAUUACAAGACUGGGCUUGGUGGCCUGAACAGAGAGGCGACUUGUGCCAUAGGACAGGAAGAUUGCAGUGCCACAGGACUGUGAUGUCAGGCCGUGCACCAAAUGUAGCAUGCACGGCCUGUUUCAGGUCUCAGGAGUCACGUGUAAUAUCCCAGGCUCCUCUGCCAGUUUUGAGAACUACAAGGGAUCCCCUGAAGAAAAUACCACAAGGAAUGUCGGAAUAGAACUUCUCAAAACAGAGCAAGGUUCAGGGCAUGAGGACAAAUGAAUAGACACACAGUGUAUCUUCUAAAUAGUGACAACCAAGGACAUGGCCAUUACAACUGCAUGUGCAGAUCUUGAUCACACCGGUCUCUAGGCAACUGGUUCACCCAGGUAAGCCAGUGCUGAGCAGAUGAGAAACGGAUAGUUUCAUCUACACUUCUACCCCCGGUAAUACUGAUCCCUUGCUUCACUGUGAUUUACUUUCUGAUUCAAGCUGAGCUGACUUUCAUUGAUAGGAAAAAAGGAAAAAGAAAAAAGAAGAGAAAAUGUAGCAAAAACAAAAAGAAACCCACUUCUUAUUUAAGAACGAAGCUUGUUAUUUAAUUUUCUUAAUGAGAUCAGCUGGUAUAGAGUGAUUCCAAAGUGUUCUUGUUCACAUGUGCUGAACAGAAAUGAACUAAAGCAUUGGAUACUGAAGCUGAGCUUUAGGCUGGUGGACUCUGAGCCAAAGUGGACUCUUGCGAUUGCAAAGCUUUCCCGAAGAGUUGUACACACAAAUGAUGACUAAUUCAGAGACUACACUUACACCAUGGAUGCUGUCUCACAGCCAAAAUCAGUACCCUUGUUUACAGAAAUCAAAUUCUGGGCAAUUUUUAAAAGGAUUGCCAUUACACAUGCAUGCACACAUGUACACAUGCACACAUGUACACACACACACACACAAACACACACACACACACACAGGUCACAUAGUGUUUAGCUAUCUGCAAUUCACAGUUUUCAGUGGAAAUACCUUUCAGUGAUUCUUGUUUCUGCCCGUGAUUGCAUAUGUGCAUUUCAAAGUAAUGGAGACUCUCUCUCAGUCUUGAUGAUGCUGUUUAAGAUAUACAAAACCAGAAGUAUAAUCACAUCUACUGAUGUUUUCUACAUUAACUUUGGAAUUCCAGGGGAAUAAUCUAAGGACCUGAUAUUUUUCUGCAAGUAUAUUUUGAGGCAAUAUCUAGCCUAUUGGGACUUAAUGCUUUUGUUUUCAUUUUUAUCAUUCGAGAUUCAUUCACUAAAAUCUACACUCAUUAUUUGAUUUUGGAGUUACUUUUCACAAGUCCAGAAAAUUAGCCAUAGAAUUCAUGAAUAUUUAGUACUUCUUUUCCAUGUACUUUUACAUUAGCACACACUCUGUGUUCUGCCUGUGUGUUGGAAGAGUCAUAGUUUAUUUAGCAGAUACCUAUGCAAAGUGAAACUGCCUAAAUGCCUGUGACUAAGCUUCCUCAGAUGUGUGUGUGUUUAUUGGGUUGCAGUUGUAUUUUAAACCAUCAUUUCCCCAAAGCAUAUCUCAUAUACCAUCAUUUCCAAGGGACACUGAGCAGUAUUCUCACUGGGGUGGUGAUUUAGGGGCUUGGUGAUGAAGUAGCAACUUAAGACAUGUUAGGCCCUUGUUAGGAUUGCCAGCUUCCUCAGAAAUCCUGGUCUUCGUUGAUCACAAUCUUCAAGGUAGGGGUGCACUUCUUUGUAAUGGGGCCUCUGUGAAGCUAGGGGGUUUUCUAGACAAAACUUUAGGAAAUACCACCAUAGGACAUUGACUUUUGGUUGGUUUCUUAUUUUAAAAUGUUGAAGAGUGAAGGCCAGCUUCAAUACUGUGGGAUAGCGUUGAUGCAUUUGUAAAUUGUAUUGCACACUUUCACACUAUAUAUUUUAUCACUGGAAUGUUGUUAUACAAGAGAACUAUACUUAUGUAUUGUAAAUAACAUGAUACAUAUAAUUAAUGCCAAUAGUUUCAUUUAACAUUAUGUAAUCUAAGGUGCUCGGUACUACAUGAAGUUUGAGUUAAUUACUCAAGUUGCAAAGAUUCUAUUAUAUAUUUAUAGACAAAUUAAAUUGGUCAUAAUUACAGACAUGGUUUCUUUAUUGCUUAAGUUUUAGACUGAUUGAUAUCUGGAUAAGAGUCAACAAAAACUGUCUUCUCCAUUUUUAAAAUUUUAAUUUAAAUAUUUAUAUUUUAGAAAAAUAUAUUUGAAUAAGAUCAGUACAUUUUUCUGAAGUAAAUUAAAAUGUGUUAUUAGCAAGAAAUAGAAAAUUUUACUAAGAGAAUUGUGUAUAUGAAUGAUGUUUUUCUCCUAAUUAAAGUAUAUCAUAUCAGAGUGGCUAUGAUGAGUCAAUUUCAAAUACUAUAAUUUCUCAGCUUGGAUUUCAAACAUCAUAUUUAAGUAAUGGUUUUAUGGUGUAUUUUUCAUCUUGUAUAGGUGUUAGUGUUGUGGUCAAUGAAUCAAAUUAGUCAUUUGGGAGAAUUUUUUUCCAGUUUGCUUUGUUCUUAGUUACAGGAAUUAUAGAAUUGAUGAUGCUUAUACGUGGAAGAAAGCCAGUUCAGAUGCAUAAUCCUUUGUUAAUGGAUUGUUGCUCAGUUGCCAGAAGGGUAAAUUCACUGGUCUGGUAAUAUGUCCAUGCUACUCAUCUUAUAGGCAUUUAAAGAAGAGGGAUAGAGAGGUCCUUUAUUUCUAACAUGAUCUAAAUAAUAGAAAUCAAACUCUACAAUUAUUAUGAACUACCCAGAUAGAGGUAUUUAAUGAAUGGCAUCAAUGAAGGGUGGAAGUGGUUUUUGGGUGUAUCUUGAAUUGAUUUUUAAAAUCUGUCUGUGUUUAUAGUCCCAUGAACAUCAUGUACAAUUUAUAUAAAUUAAAUAAAUAUUUGCCUCAGAUCUCCAA